CGAAAAUAAAGUGAUUUGGAGGGAAAAAAUUUUACCAUAAAUAUGGACGAAGAAUUAAAGAAAUCUUUGAAAAGUAAGUGUGUUUAGUUAUUUAUAAGCGUCUUUUGAAAUGUAAUAAGUGUUAUUUUUUAAUAGUUCAUCUGUAACCAGGCUAUUGAGUUUCAAAUCGAAUGUUAUUCGCGAGUUGCUCAAUUUGGACUUUGGGUCUAUAUUUUUGUUCUUCAGUGUUGGAGAAACAAAAGCAGAAAGCGAGGAAAGCCAACGAUCUCGCAGAAGAAGCGAAUCUCUACAAUAUCGCUGGCGAGAAGCUAGCGGGAUACCGUAAGAUAUGAGACAUCAUUCUCAGAGUAACAUCGCAAACAUAUUAUUCACCUGAGUACACAACACCAACAUAGAAAAAAAAUCAUUCCCCUUGUUUAUUUAAUUAAUUCUAGAUUUUUAACUUCCGGUAUUAAAUACAAGUUCACAUGUGUCAGGAUCGUGUUAGCCUGGAGUGUAGACAGUGAUACAUCUUUCCAGAAAGUAUGUCACUUUGGUGAUAGGAUAGAGCCUCGUUUUUGUGUAUGCCUAAUGCACCUAUCAAUGUUUUCCCCCUGGGGGGGGGGGGCAACCCAGGGUAAUUUUGACAUUUUUAAAAUUUUGUAGUCGAAAUCCCCACUGUUGGGCAAGGAAUUGCUGUCAAAAUUCCCCCACUAUAUUCCUAAGAUAACAAGGCACACAUAUGUUUUACUGGUUUAAACUUGGUUAAAACUUUCAAGAUGGCAGAUGUCAAAAUUUCCCGACUCUGGGAGUUGAUGCAUAGGUCAAAUUCCCCUCACUGGGGUUUUAUAGUGUAGUCAAAGUCCCCUGGGUUGCCCACACCACCCCCUCAGGAGGAAAACAUAGGUGCAUAAUGUCUCAAACACGAAAACAAGGCUCUGUAGUCAAGUUGACAUACUUUCUGGAGCAAAGACUGCAAAGUUUCUUUUAUGUGCCGGCCCCAAUAAUAAGUCGUUUGCGUAACAUUUUUGAUAUGUCAAAACACUAGGUGCCUUGUAGGCAUAUAAAACAAAAACAAUGGAAAGUUCCAAUCGAAGGAUUGUGACUGUACUAUUGCUAUGUUUGGCAAGUGCAUGUAAGUAUCCCUUGUGUAGUUGCAGGGUGAAUAACCCUAAUCCGUUUUCCAAUUGUUAGGGUUAUUCGAAGAAGCAAUUGAAGAACAUCGAAUGGAAUUACAAUUAUCAGAGGCUCUUAACGACACUAUUGCUGUGGCGAUUGCACAUCGCAAACUGGGCGAGUGUCUGUGUGAACUUCAGGACUUCACACAAGCUUUAUUUCAUCAACAAAAGCAUUUAGAGGUAAUAAUCCAUUGAACACCAGCCACUCUCUUCUUGAUUCAGGAGCAAAAUCAUCUGGUGAUAGAGUACAGUAAUAAAGUAGGGUGCAUUAGGACACAAUGCAACCUCAUGGGUUAACAUAAGUAAUAUGCUCAGGGAAAAUCCUUCAUCGUACAGUUGUCGGCUCUUGACAUUGAAUUAGAUUUCUGCUCAAAUACCAUGUCGGUUUAAUACUGUCAGUAAAAUAUGCUCAGGGAAAAUCCUUCAUCGUACAGUCGUCGGUGCUUGACAUUGAAUUAUAUUUCUGCUCAAAUACAAUGUAUUUAAGUAUAUUUUUAAGGUGGCUCGAUAUAGUUAUCACAAAAACCCUGUUCAAGAAUCGCGAACUCAAAACCGGUUGACCAUUUUUACACGCAGGUCACGGAAACUGAUUAACAAAAUGAAAGAACUUCCAAAAUGACCUGACGUGAGCAGUUGCUCGCGCCAUCUCACGCCAUUGCGCAUGUUCUAUAGCGUUUUAUGUCAAUUGCUGACGUCAUUAGAAUUUUCCAUUUUAGAAAAACAAUGCGCUAUAUCUCUUUAUUUUGUCUGGUGACCUAUGUUCAAAUUUUGCAUGCUGUAUUGCACCGCUAACAAUAUUCAUUAUACAAAAAAUAAAAAAAUUCUGUAAUGCCAAAAAAAUGUUACCAAAGAAUAUGACAUUUUCGCUAUAUUUUGCUAAUUGUUAGCUUUAAGUCCAAGUAAAAUAAUGCACGAAAAAAAAUUGGGGGUCACCAUGCUUUUUUUCCAACUAUACGAGACGAUAGGCCAUUUUGGAGUCAAUUUCGUACACGUAUGUCGGCAUAGCAACGAACUAUCUGUUACUAAAACGAAUAUAAUUUGAAAGUAGAGUUAUCAAAAUAUAUAAAAAACCCAAUAUCUGCUGAAUAAAUCCUAAAAAUGCGUAGUUUGAACAUGUCAAAGUGUUAAACACCUGAAUUUUUGAAAACUGUAUCGAGCCACCUUAAAUGUAAAUAUUAAUUGAAUAAUAAAGCGCAUUUAUACCAAACUUUUUUUUUGUCAAAAUCCCAGGGAAAACCCGUCAGUAAAGUAUGCUCAGGGAAAAUCCUUCAUCGUACAGUCGUCGGCCCUUCGGAACAAAUUCGGAAAUGCGCGCCGCGCGCAAAACUAUAGGCCUGAUCGCAGGUUACGCGCAAACAAGAUUUGGAGCGAAAUAAAGUGUGGUUUUGGAGGGAAAAAAUUCACAAUAAUGGACGAAGAAUUAGAGAAAUAUUUAGAAAGUAAGUGUGUUUAGCUAUCUAUAAGCGCCUUUUGGAAUGCACUGAGUAUUCAUUUUUUUGAGUAGUUUAUAUGUAACCAGCCUACAGCUCGUUUGAAUUUUUGAAACUCGCUCGCCUGUAAGGGCCUGUUCAUAACUUCAUAUGGGGAAAAGUUAUCCCGGUUUAUAGCGAUCUCGCCUUGUUAGGAAAAUAAUAUGAAAAGUUACACUGCGUUCAUAUGAUAUGAAACGUUUUCCCGUGUACCGUGAUCUUGCUUGCCGACAGGUGAGAUCUCGCUGACCGGGAUGUUUUUCUCAUAUGAACACGACAAGCCACAACUUUCCCGCUUAGUCAUAGGAUGCCCAAACAAGCGGGUUUUAUUAAAUAAAUUAAUUAAAACGUUCGAGUAUGCAAUUAGCAAUAAAAUUGCUGUUAGAAUCAUGCACGUAGCGUGCUCGGGUCGCGCUGUGAUUUGACUAUAUAAUUAGUGAUGUACCUACUCAAAUCACAGCGUAACCUGAAGUUCAGGCCCUAAUUUGAAAUAGGGCCUGACACAAAACCUGUCUAGACCAUGGACGCCCACAUGUUAUUUUUAGACACAGCAUGCAAUGGGCUAUUCCAUUUAAUAUCCGUACCCCCCCUGUCGAGGAUACAUGUUUUUCAUUGUCAUACCCCUGAAGAAUUCCAAGCUCAAAACUGUUUACCCCUGAAGAAUUCCAAAAUUCCAAGCUCAAAACUCUUUACCCCUGAAGAAUUCCAAGCUCAAAACCUUUUACCCUUGAAGAAUUCCAAAAUUCCAAGCUCAAAACCCUUUACCCCUGAAGAAUUCCAAGCUCAAAACCUUUUACCCCUGAAGAAUUCCAAGCUCAAAACCCUUCACCCCUAAAGAAUUCCAAGCUCAAAACCCUUUACCCCUGAAGAAUUUCAAACUCAAAACCUUUUACCCCUGAAGAAUUCCAAGCUCAAAACCCUUCACCCCUGAAGAAUUCCAAGCUCUGAAAAAUUUCAAUCUCAAACCUCUUUACCCCUGAAGAAUUCCAAGCUCAAAACCCUUUACCCCUGAAGAAUUCCAAGCUCAAAACCAUUUACCCCUGAAGAAUUCCAAACUCAAAACACUUUACCCCUGAAAAAUUUCAAUCUCAAACCUCUUUACCCCUGAAGAAUUCCAAGCUCAAAACCCUUUACCCUGAAGAAUUCCAAACUCAAAACACUUUACCCCUGAAGAAUUCCAAGCUCAAAACACUUUACCCCUGAAGAAUUCCAAGCUCAAAACACUUUACCCCUGAAGAAUUCCAAGCUCAAAACCCUUUACCCCUGAAGAAUUCCAGGGAUCCUCGACAGGGGGGGUACGGAUAUUAAAUGGAAUAGCCCAAUAUGAUUGACAAGUGUUGUAGAUUUCGUUACACAAAUAAUUUAUAUUCUCAUGAACAUGUCUGCAGAGUGUGUAUUUUACUUUUUAACCCAUUGAGUUGCAUUGCACCCUGAUGCACCCUACUUUAGUAUUUUACUCUGUCUAACGCCAGACGAUUUUAUUCGUCAAGGGGAGAGCGCUGGUGCUUAAUGGGUUAAUUAAACUUAAAAAUUCAACAUACUUUUAUAUAAUUAAGAGUCAGUUUCUCUAUUUAACCGAACAGCAAACAAAGAUUUAAUUAGUCAGUUCUGUGCACGGCUUGACAACGCGGAUAUACUCUAACGGCUAACAACAGCAACAAUGAAAUUCUCAAUUGUACCACGAAGAAGGCGUUGUAGCUCAGAAAACAAUGCCGGUAGGACCUGAUAUUAAAAAUAAGACUUUUGCCGGCGAAGCCAGUUGGCAGAACAUCUUGGCUGUCAACAACAAGCUUUCCAAUACAUGACUAGUUUGGCUGUUCUUUCAGCGUCGUGUGUCCAAAAUUCGUCAAAGAUUUUGAUAAAGCCCUUUCAAAAUACUGUUUGUUUUAUUUAUUUUCUGCCAUAAAGCAUAAGAGUAAAGAAAUUCAAAGAAAUCAAUAAUGGAAUUUGUUAUGUGUGUUUGACCUUUAUAUUAAUUGUUGCCUUGACCGAGCUAUUUUUAAAACUGUUGUUUAUGUGAACUUGCAACCAAUCAAAAUCUUUCAUGAUGCUGAUCAACCAAUCAGAUUUCCCGUCCACCAGAUGGACGGGAAUCCCACAGUUUAGACAGGUUUUGUGUCAGGCCCUAUUCUGUGAUUAAGGCCUGAACUUCAGGUUAAUCACAGUGCGACCCGAGCACGCUACGUGCAUGAUUCUAACAGCAAUUUUAUUGCUAAUUGCAUACUCAAACGUUUUAAUUAUGGAUUCAGCAACUUUUCUGGUUUUAAAAUGUAUUUAAAGUUUUUUUAACUUUUCCCGCCUUGCGCGUCACACCAGUGCUACGUCACAGCCAGAAACUUUACCUGGUGAGUGGGAUAACAUUUCUCUAUAUGACCAGAACAAAAUUAUUUGGCUAGUCAAAAUGUUUUCUUGCUAACCAGGAUAACUUUUCCCCACAUGAAAAGGCCGUAAGUCAUUUCGUGAGUUGUUCAAUACUUCAAUUUGAACUUUGGGCCUAUAUUUUUUUUCUUUAGUGUUGGAGAAACAAAAGCAAAAAGCGAGGAAAGCCAAGAAUGUCGCAGAAGAAGCGAAAUUUUACAAUAAUGCUGGAGUGAGGCUAGCUGAACACAGUAAGAUGAAUCAUUUCUCAUUGUUUAUUUAGUUAAUUUUAAAUUUAUUAACUUCCAGUAUUCAUUUAUACAAGUUCACAUGUGUCAGCAUCAUGUUAAGGCCCAGCUACACAACAUGACUAGUCGUAUACGAUUCUUAUUCUGGCGUAUGUACUGCCAGGAUGCAUUGUUUCGGCAUGAGUUUGGCAAAUUACAAUACUAUCUAUAGUUACUGAUUGGUGUAUCUUCGGUGUAGAGUUUAUGUGGAAUGCAUCCUGGAUUAACUGGAAUAGAUGCAUGUAAAGAUGUCAAAUUUCGAUUGCCAUAAACUCAAAACUGAUGAACAGGAAUAGUUGCAUCAACAGUCGUUUUUAUACCCCAGAAUGACAAUCAUAUAUGACUAGUCGUAUCGACUGUAAAUGGGCCUUUAGCCUCGAGUGCAGACAGAAGCUCAGACAAACGGUGUGGCCCCAAUAAUCAUCAAUAGUCAUUUGCAUUCUUUGAUACAUCAAAACAGUAACUACCUCGAUUGGCAUGUAGUGGGAUUUUCAAAACAAUAAAAAGACAAUGAAAAAUGCCAAUCAAAUGAUUGUGAAUGCACUAUUGUUAUGUUUGGCAUGUGCCAAGUGCAUGUAAGUUUCCCUUGUAUACACACACAAAAAUCUCACAUCUUGUAACAAGUUUGUCAACGAGCCGUCAACAAGUUGUCUUUGCAAAAACAAGUUUGGAACAAGCUGUUAACAAUUUGUAACAACCUUGUUGAUAUUAUCAGGCUUGUUACAAGGUUGUUCCAACAAGUCGAAUACAGUCAUGAUAUAGCAGUAUUGUUACAACCUUGUGUCGUCAACCUUGUAACAUUCUUGUUUAUCAUGACUGUAUCAGACUUGUUAGAGCAACCUUGUGGCAAGUCUGAUAAUGAUCGAGUUUGUUACAAGUUGUUAACAGCUUGUUCCAAACUUGCAGUCCUUGAAACUCAGAUCGGCAUUCGGCAUGCAAUGCUGACCUGCAAAGCGAUAUGUGUAGAUUUAGAUUGGCAAAAUUUUGCCGACCUAUACUUUCAAAUACCUCUCGGCAUUUUAUUCUGCGAUCGCAUCUUUCACAUACGCAUUUUCAACGAUGAUGUUUUAAUUAUCAGGUUUUGAUCAUUAGCUUGCGUAGUCACAUUGCAGUUUCAUUGUUGAAAGGUGAUACUUGAAACUUUGAAAGUAUAUGGCAAUAAAGCUGUUACAACAUGCACUGUUUGAUUGGAGUUCAUACAUUUUGUUAGUUGUUUUGUUUGCUAUUGGCAUUGAUUGCAAUUAAUUGCUGUUUAUAAAUAUGCGUAUUUGCAGCAAGCAAAUUAAAUUUUCAUUUGAAUAUUUUCUAUUUGUUUUGAAAAUAUUUGCCGACCUAGAUUGAGAAUUAUGCUUCUAGGUCGGCAAUUUCUUGCCGACCUAAAAUUUCGGGAGUUUCAAGGAACUUGUUCCAACAACUGGGAACAAGCAGUGCAAAGACAACUUGUUGACAGCUUGUGAACAGAUUUGUAACAACUUGUUUGCAGACCUGUAUUAACAGCCUAUGCAUUUUCAUGUGUGUAUAUGCAGACAAACAUCCCAAAAAUUAGCUCAAUAUUAAAGUAAAUACUUAGUAUACCAUUACUCUUAAAUGGUUGAAUAACCUUAAUCUAAUUGUCUCCAAUUGUUAGGGUUAUUCAAAGAAGCAAUUGAAGAACAUCGAAUGGAAUUACAAUUAUCAGAGUCUCUUAACGACACUAUUGCAGUAGCAAUUGCGCAUCGCAAACUGGGGGAGUGUCUGUGUGAACAACAGGACUUCAAGCAAGCUUUAUUUCAUCAACGAAAGCAUUUAGAGGUAAUUUGAUUUUCUGUGAAACUGACAAAGAGAGAUAAUAAUUCAGUAACCAUGUAAAUAAUAAUAUUUUUUGUGUGUUUUGAUGUUAUGUACUCAGGUAAAUAUAAUGUUUUUGAUGUUACUCUGAGUGUACAUGUAUAUUCACACUGAGCAUGCUGAAAAGUUAGCCUGACCACGGUGGGAAUUGAACCCGCAAACUUUUCAGCCUACCCGGUGUAGAUAUACACUCAGAGUAACAUCAAAAACAGUGUAAAUAGUAGACAGAAAUCUUAUCAGUGGCAUACAAAGGUAUUAAGGCCUGUCUAGACAAUACAAUUAGUCAUAUAUGCAUAUGAAAAUAACUGCUGAUGCACAAUGUCUCUUCAUUUAGUUUCUGGUGAAAUUGCUUUACGCAUGUUCAUAGGGGUGAAUAGGUUUUCGGAUCGUUGUAUUCCGCCGAAAAAAAUUGUUCGGAUUUUGGAUUUGGCGAAUAUUUUACACGGAUUUGCGGAUCUUAUUAAUACAGCGGAUUGCGGAUUUAUCUAAUAUUCUGGCUCGGAUUGUGGAUUUUGCUUGCAAUCUAGUUCGGAUCCUGGAUUGUGACUUUAUAGUAGAGCUUUUAGCGGAUCCAAAUUUAGACAAGACCAUUGUCGGAUGGCGGAUUUUGCUUCAAAUUUGGGCGGAUUUGUAUACCCCUAUUCACCUCCCCAUAUACAAAGUUCAUUAGACACAUUGGCAGAUUAUCCCAUUGAGCGCCAGCACUCUCCUCUUGAUGAGCAAAAUCAUCUGGUGUUAGACAGAAUAAAGCAUUAGGACACAAUGCAAUUUAAUAGGUUAAAUAAAUACCAAGAAAUCCCUAGCAAGCCUGCCCCCACUUUGAGUUUGAUCUCUAAAGUUUGUCCAUAAAAUUUAACCUGCCCCCACUUUGAGUUUGAUCUCUAAAGUUUGUCCACAUUAACAGCUAUCAAGAAAGUGUAAAGACAUUGUGGAGGAACAACGAGCAUUAGCUACUCUUGGACGGACGUUGUUGCAGUCGGCUGUUUCACCCUCAAAACUAUGUGAAGCAGAAUCUGCUUUCUUGAAAAGCUUGUCAAUCUGUGACCAACUCCGAGAUAUUGUGAAAGAAAAAGAAUUGCUAGAAGUGAGAGCGAGACUUUAUCUCAAUCUUGGCUCGGUUUAUGCUAAUCUCAAAAACCCCAAGAAAGGCAUGAGAUAUAGUGAGAAAGCAUUAGCAAUCACUGUGAAUUACAGUCUGAAAGAAACUGAAUACAGAUGUCAUUUUAUACGUGGAGUGAUACAGCUAGCAGAAAACCAUCCUGCUGAAGCAUUACAGUGUUUUGAACGAGCGAGGAAGGCAGCGCAACACCAGGGAUUGAAAUUUGAGGAAGCUGAUACCUUGGUUCAAAUGGGACAUGUCUUUCUUCAGUUGGGUGACUUCAAAGGAGCUAAAAGGAUUCUUAAAAAGUGCUUCAAAACAAUGGAACAUGGCAAUAUGAUUGACGGGUUGCGUUCUAGUUUGAUUAAAGCCAUCAAAGGCACGAGACUUUUAGAGAAACUUAAUAGAGGAACGAAAGAUGAAAUAUUGAUGAAAACCUGUGAAGAUCUUGGUGAUUUGUAUUCCAGCGUGAAGUGUUAUUCAAAAGCAAUAGAUUCUUAUCUGAAGCAGUUAGAAUUGAGUCAAAUACUUGACAAAUCCAAUCAAGAAAACGAUGCGAUCUUGUUCUCCAUAGCUCAGUCUUAUUUAGAUAAUAAACAAUACGACAAGGCAAAGGAAUAUUUUCAUAAAGAGCUGUUGUUGCUAAAAGGGAAACCCCAGGAACAGUGCGAUACUUGGCGCCGUAUUGCUAAAGUGACUGAGUUAGCUGGUUUGGAAGAGGUCGAAAAAGCAUACAAUAACGCUUUGGAGUGCGCAAGGAAAUGUAAAAAUGCAAACAGGAAACUUCGUCUUCUCAAAUUGUUGUCGGAAUUGAGUAAGAAGCAGAGGAAUGAAGGGGGUAAGGAGUGUAAGAUUUAAAGAUUUCAUAAAGUUUAGCAACUACCUGAGACUUAGGACCAUAUCUCAUUCUGUUCAAGCACAGCUAACUGCACGAAUUCUUAUGCAAUAUGUGGAACCGGAGCCUGUUUUCCAACUUGUAACGGACUGUAGCGUUUUUGUUUGUGUAUAUUGUCAUUAGUUUCACACCAGUACUCAGGAAGCAAAGAAAAACGCUGUUUCGAUACGAAAUAGUUGAAGUAGAAAACAGGCUUCACGUUCAGUUUAUCCUAUGUGCUCAAAAAAACGAUGUCAAUGAUGAAAAUGAUGGUAUAUUUCCAGAGUCUGUACGAUUGUUUUCAGAAUCAUCACAGCUACGAAAAACUAGUUUCAUAUUAGACACCGCCGAGUACGACGAAAAAUUCGUUGUCUCGCUCUUAGCGAGUAUUAUCCAAUUUAAGUGCACGAAAUGUUUUUUUAAACCAGCCUUUGAUGCUGUAUUGCAAAUUUGAUUUCCUUUCGUUUCUAGAUACUCCGGAUGCUAAGACUGAAGACAGUGAAACAUCAGAAGAGCAAUCUGAAGAACAAUCAGAGGAGCAAUCUCAGUUGGAUGAGGAUGACGGAGAUAUCUUGAUUGAGGAGGAAAUGGAAUUCUCCGAUUCCGAUGAUGAGCAGCAAGACGGAGACAAAUCCUCUACUGCAAAAUCUAUAAACAAACGUAAUGAAAAAGGUAAUUUAAUCCACAUUUCCUAUUGUACUGUAAUAGACUCGCGUAACGUCACAAAUGUAUCAAAACAAUACGUGACUGGAACAUUCCAAUCGCUUGAUGUUGACUGGAUAGCAGUAUUAUUACGCAAAGGACCAUAUUAUUGUAAAUGGAGUGGAAUGUGAAACACCACUACCUUAUGAUUCUUGCACUAUUCGUUAUUUCAGGUGAAACAGUUUUACAUGUUGCUGCGAUCAAUGGUGACGAUCAUCUCGCCAAGACUAGCAUUGAGAAAGGAGUUAGUAUCCACGCACGUGAUUAUUGUGGCUGGCAACCACUGCAUGAGGCAUGUAACCAUGGAAACUUGGCUGUUGUGGAGUUAUUACUUGAUAGUGGUGCAAAUAUUGACGACCCAGGUGGACCUCACUGCAGAGGGGUGACUCCGUUACACGAUGCUGUUCAAAAUGGCCAUGUUGAUGUUGUAAAACUGUUGAUAUUACGUGGAGCGUCUGUUACUCGACACAAUAGUGACGGCCACACACCCCUGGACCUCGUGUUACAUGCCAUUCAAGAAGAGGAAGAUGACGAUGAUUUAAACGAUCUUGAUCCAGAGUUGGCUGAAAUACGACAAGAUCUCGCUAGAAUUCUUAGAAAUGCUCCGAAUACCACAAAACGUCAACCAACUAAAGUUGCAGAAUGUUCUGACGAUAGUGAUGUAGAAUCGUCUCAGGAUUUCUCAGAAAAUGUUUUUAAAAAAACUGAGGAAAUUUCACGGAAACGGAAAAGUGCUUCACCUGAGCUUGAUAGCGUUGAGGAGAACACUCCUAGAAAUUAUAUGGAUGUUAAUCGGAAUAAAGCAAAGGCUGCCAAGAUUUCUAAGAAUACUGAGAGGGUCUUGUGCUUAGAUGACGAAAGUCAAAAUAGAUAUGAGAGGACAAUCCUGGAAAGUCAAGAUAGGAUGAGUGAGAUUCCUAGAAUAGUUUCUAGAAUUGCCAAGACAAUUUCUAAAAGUGCAAACACGACGGGGUAUGUUGAUCCUGCAACUGGAAGUACACUAAAAGACACUCAGUUCCCCCAGAGCCAGCCAUCUGAGCCUACAUCAUUGUCUAGCGGUGGCCCUACUGGACCAAUGAGGUUUCGAGUGACGGUGAAGGACAAAAUGUUCUUGAUCCCAUGUCCCAAUGUCCCUGGGGAGAGGAAGACUGUCAAGUGGUUGGCUGAACAGGUUUGAUGGUUUUUAUUUCCCGUCAUUUUGUUGAUGGAAAUAAUUCGCUCGAGCUACCAACCAACGCUCAUAUCACCUUUUCUUUACAUUUCAGGCAACAGUUCGUUAUCAUUCAGCCAGUGGUUCAAAACUCGUAUUAUCCUUAUCUACCAUUGAUGGAGCCGCUCUAUCCCCUGCUGAUUUCAUUACAGACGCACUCUUCAACAACGAGCUAGUGAAUGCAACCGUGGAGACCUAGGACCUACCUCCGCUAGCUGAACGUUAUUGAGGGUUAUAGGGGCUUCGGUGGUGCAGUCGUCAGUGCAAGCGCCUUUCGCCUCUGAGAUCGUGGGUUCGAUUCUCGCUACGGACUCAUGUGAAAAGAGUCUGUCAACGCUCUGCCGUAAGUCGUGGGUUUUCUCCGGUUUCCUCCCACAGGGAAGAUUGACAGGGUGGGUUAGGAUAAACACAGUUAAGAAACUGAUAUCACAAUUGUUGUAAAGAUAAAAUAGUCUAGGCUAAGUAUAUAAUUAGGUAUUAAAGAGCAUAAUUCUUGAUGUAAAGCGCAUUUGAUCAUAUCCACAUGUAAAUUUACGCUAUAGAAAUGUUAAUCGUAAUCGUCUCAUGUCUCAUGGCCGACACAGUAUACCAAGAUUUUUACUGUUGUGUCCAUUGCUGUUUAUCACUUGAUAGUAUAUUACUAUAUUAUAUACUUUAUAUGUUUUUAAUGUUUGUGAUGUUACUCUGAGUGUAUAUCCACACCGGGCAAGCUUGAAAAAUAUUCCUGGCCACGGUGGAAAUCGAACCUACGACCUUUGGAAUACUAGCCCAAUGCUCUGCCAACUGAGCUACGCGGUCAGGUCGGUUCGAGUAUGUGAUAUUUCGGAACCGAGUCUAGUUCCUUCGAUAUCAAAGGAACUAAACUCCUUUCCGAAAUAUCACAUACUCGAACCGACCAGACCGCGUAGCUCAGUUGGCAGACCAUUGGGCUAGUAUUCCAAAGGUCGUAGGUUCGAUUCCCACCGUGAGUCCCGUGACCAGGCAUAAUUUUCAAGCUUGCCCGGUGUGGAUGUACACUCAGAGUAACAUCUUUUAAAUGUAAAUAAUAAAAUAAUAAAGCGUAGUUAUACCAAAAGCAUUUUAUUUAUAUAUUUCCACUUUAUCCUUAAGGGUCUUUAUUUUUUGGUAAAAAACUGAUGAUAUACAUGUAAUUUUCGAUAAAAUAAUUAGUAUCAAAAUCCCAGGGAAAACCAUCAGUAAAAUAUGCUCAGGGAAAACCCUUCGUCGUACAGUCGUCGGCUCUUCGGAACAAAUUCGGAAAUGCGCGCCCGCGCAAGCAAACUUUAAAAUUUGGAGCGAAAAUGAAGUGAUUUGGAGGGUAAAAAUUUUACCAUAUUAAAAUAUGGACGAAGAAUUAAAGAAAUCUUUGAAAAGUAAGUGUGUUUAGUUAUUUAUAAGCGUCUUUUGAAAUGUUAUUUUUUAAUAGUUCAUCUGUAACCAGGCUAUUGAGUUUCAAAUCGAAUGUUAUUCGCGAGUUGCUCAAUUUGGACUUUGGCCAAAGUUCUAUAUUUUUGUUCUUCAGUGUUGGAGAAACAAAAGCAGAAAGCGAGGAAAGCCAACGAUCUCGCAGAAGAAGCGAAUCUCUACAAUAUCGCUGGCGAGAAGCUAGCGGGAUACCGUAAGAUAUGAGACAUCAUUCCCCUUGUUUAUUUAAUUAAUUCUAAAUUUUUUAACUUCCGGUAUUAAAUACAAGUUCACAUGUGUCAGGAUCGUGUUAGCCUCGAGUGUAGACAGUGAUACAUCUUUCCAGAAAGUAUGUCACUUUGGUGAUAGGAUAGAGCCUCGUUUUUGUGUAUGCCUAAUGCACCUAUCAAUGUUUUCCCCCUGGGGGGGGGGGGCAACCCAGGGUAAUUUUGACAUUUUUAAAAUUUUGUAGUCGAAAUCCCCACUGUUGGGCAAGGAAUUGCUGUCAAAAUUCCCCCACUAUAUUCCUAAGAUAACAAGGCACACAUAUGUUUUACUGGUUUAAACUUGGUUAAAACUUUCAAGAUGGCAGAUGUCAAAAUUUCCCGACUCUGGGAGUUGAUGCAUAGGUCAAAUUCCCCUCACUGGGGUUUUAUAGUGUAGUCAAAGUCCCCUGGGUUGCCCACACCACCCCCUCAGGAGGAAAACCUAGGUGCAUAACGUCUCAAACAUGAAAACAAGGCUCUGUAGUGAAGUUGACAUACUUUCUGGAGCAAAGACUGCAAAGUUUCUUUUAUAUGCCGGCCCCAAUAAUAAGUCGUUUGCGUAACAUUUUUGAUAUGUCAAAACACUAGGUGCCUUGUAGGCAUAUAAAACAAUAACAAUGAAAAACAAUGGAAAGUUCCAAUCGAAGGAUUGUGACUGUACUAAUUAAUAUUGCUAUGUUUGGCAAGUGCAUGUAAGUAUUCCUUGUGUAGUUGCAGGGUGAAUAACCCUAAUCCGUUUUCCAAUUGUUAGGAUUAUUCGAAGAAGCAAUUGAAGAACAUCAAAUGGAAUUACAAUUAUCAGAGGCUCUUAACGACACUAUUGCUGUGGCAAUUGCGCAUCGCAAACUGGGCGAGUGUCUGUGUGAACUUCAGGACUUCACACAAGCUUUAUUUCAUCAACAAAAGCAUUUAGAGGUAAUAAUCCAUUGAACACCAGCCACUCUCUUCUUGAUUCAGGAGCAAAAUCAUCUGGUGAUAGAGUACAGAAAUAAAGUAGGGUGCAUUAGGACACAAUGCAACCUCAUGGGUUAACAUAAGUAAUUAGUGUCAUAGGGUUAGGGUUAAAGUUUGUCCAUAAAAUUUAAUCGUUUUUGCAUUAACAGCUAUCAAGAAAGUGUCAAAACAUUGUGGAGGAACAACGAGCAUUAGCUACUGUUGGGCGGACAUUGUUCCAGUCAGCAGUUUCACCCUCAGAACUACGUCAAGCACAAUCUGCUUUCUUGGAUAGCUUGUCAAUCUGUGACCAACUCCGAGAUAUUGUGAAAGAAAAAGAAUUGCUAGAAAUGAGAGCGAGACUUUAUCUCAAUCUUGGCUUGGUUUUUACCAAUCUCAAAAAUCCCAAGAAAGGCGUGAGAUAUAUUGAGAAAGCAUUAGCCAUUACUGUCAAUCACAGUCUGAAAGAAACUGAAUACAGAUGUCAUUUUUCACGUGGAGAGAUAAAGCUGGCAGAAAACCAUCCUGCUGAAGCAUUACAGUGUUUUGAACGAGCGAGGAAGGCAGCGCAACACCAGGGAAUGAAAUUUGAAGAAGCUGAUACCUUGGUUCAAAUGGGACAGAUUUUGCUUCAGUUGGGUGACUUCAAAGGAGCUAAAAACAUUCUUAAGAAGUGUUUCAAAACAAUGAAACAUGGCAACAUGAUUGACGAGUUGCGUUCUAGUUUGAUUAAAGCCAUCAAAGGCACGAGACUUUUAGAGAAACUUCGGAAUAAUAGAGGAACAAAAGAUGAAAUAUUGAUGAAAAUCUGUGAAGAUCUUGGUGAUUUGUAUUCCAGCGUGAAGUGUUAUUCAAAAGCAAUACAUUAUUAUCUAAAGCAGUUAGAAUUGAGUGAAAUACUUGACAAAUCCAAUCAAGAAAAAGCUGUGAACUGUUUCUCCAUAGCUCAGUCUUAUUCAGAUAAUAAACAAUACAACAAAGCAAAAGAAUAUUUUCAUAAAGAGCUGUUGUUACUAGAAGGGAAACCACAGGAACAGUGCGAUACUUGGUGUAAGAUGGCUGAAGUGAGUGAGUUAGCUGGUGAUAGUUUUGAAGAGAUUGAAAAAGCAUACAAUAACGCUUUGGAGUGUGCAAGGAAAUGUGAAAAUGCAAACAGAAAACUUCGUCUGCUCAAAUUGUUGUCAGAAUUGAGAAGGAAGCAGAAGAAUGACGAAGACGAUGAUGAAUGUAAGAUUUAAAGAUUUCAUAAAAAGUUCAGUAACUACCUAAGUUCAGUAACUACCUGAGUUCAAGCACAGUUAGGGACAGAGUCUGUCGUCCAACGUAUCGUAACGGAUUGGAGCGUGUUAACAUCAUAUUUUCAUUAGUUUCACAAUACUACUCGGGAAACAAAGAAAUACGUUACGUUUCGAUAGGAUAUCGUUGAGGUAGAAAAUAGACUUUACGUUUAUCCUAUGUGCUCAAAAAACAAAGUCAAUUAUGGCAAAUUUCUGGAGUCUGUAUGAUUCUUUUUUCAGAAUCAUCCUCAGAGAUGAAAAAACUAGUUUCAUAUUGUUCUGACUCUGCAUAAUACAACGCAAGAAUGGUUGUCUCGAGCGGGAUUGAAACUUUGGACACCCAUUGAGUUAUCGAAUCUAUUGGUAGCGAGUCUCGUCCAUUUUAAAGGCACGAAAUAUUUUUUGAUGCUGUGUUGCGAAUUUGAUUUUCUUUCGUUUCUAGUUACUCCGGAUGCUAAGAUUGAAGACAGCGAGACAUCAGAAGAGCAAUCUGAAGAACAAUCAGAGGAGCAAUCUCAGUUGGAUGAGGAUGAUGAAGAUGGAGAUAUCUUGAUUGAGGAGGAAAUGGAAUUUUCUGACUCCGAUGAUGAGCAGCAAGACGGAGACAAAUCCUCUACUGCAAGAUCAAAAAGAAACUCAAAAUCUAUAAACAAACGUAAUGAAAAAGGUAAUUUAAUCCACAGUUCUUUAAAAUACUAUGUAAUAGACUCCCUGCAUGACGUCACAAGUAUGUCAAGACAAGUAUGUCAAGACAUUUAUUUUUUCAGGUGAAACAGUUUUGCAUGUUGCUGCGAUCAAUGGUGACUAUCAUCUCGCCAAGACUAGCAUUGAGAAAGGAGUUAGUAUCCACGCACGUGAUUAUUGUGGCUGGCAACCACUGCAUGAGGCAUGUAACUAUGGAAAGCUGGCUGUUGUGGAGUUACUACUUGAUAGCGGUGCAGAUAUUGACGACCCAGGCGGACCUCACUGUAGAGGGAUGACUCCGUUACACGAUGCAGUUCAAAAUGGCCAUGUUGAUGUUGUAAAACUGUUGAUAUCACGUGGAGCGUCCAUGACUCGACGUAAUAAUGACGGUCACACCCCCCUGGGCCUCGUGUUACAUUCCAUUGAAGAAGAUGAAGAUGACGAUGAUUCAAGCGUUCUUGAUCCAGACUUGGCUGAAAUACGAGAAGAUCUCACUAGAAUUCUUAGAAAUGCUACGAAUACUGGAAAACGUCAACCAACUAAAGUUCCAGAAUUAAGACGAAGAGAUAAACUUGAAUUUUCUGACGAUAGCGAUGUAGAAUCGUCUCAGGAUUUCUCGAAAAAUGUUUCUAAAAAAACUGAGGAAAUUUCAAGGAAACGGAAAAGUGGUUUACUUGAGCUUGAUAGCGAUGAGGAGAACACUCCUAGAAAUUCUAUGAAUGUUAAUGGGAAUAGAACAAAGAUUGCUAAGGUUUCUAAGAAUACAGAGAGCGUCUUGUGGUUAGAUGACGAAAGUCAAAAUAGAUAUGUUGGGACAAUCUUGGAAAGUCAAGAUAGGAUGAGUGAGACUUCAGGACGAGGGACAUUUAGGGAUGAUUCAGAUCACAGUGAGACAUCACGUGAUUGCAUGGGUGGCCUAGAGUUAUUGAGGAGUGACUCACGGAACAGAGAAGAUGCGAUUGAAUUGGAUAGUGAUCCUUUAGAUGCCUUUUGUUCACCUCAACCAUCCCUAUUCGAUUAUUCUGAUCCCCUGGAUAUCCCGCAUAUUCCUUGUCACACACCCAAGUCAGGUCGUACAAGAAUGUUUCAAUUGCGUUUAUCGUCAAACAAAAACAACGCAAGUUCUAGCUCCUCUUCAAAGAAUAAUACCACAAGUUCAAUUCUUAGAAUUUCCAACACAAUUUCUAGAACGAAUAGUGCAACUCCUAGAAAGAGUAAUAACACAAUCCCUAGAACAGUUUCUAGAACUGCCAACACAAUUUCUAAAAGUGCAAACACAACAAGGUAUGUUGAUCCUGUAACUGGAGGUACAGAAGAAGACACUGAGAUCCCCCAGAGCCAGCCAGCUCUAAUACCGGAGAACGAGUACCUCUCAACUGCUACAGAUGCCUGGCUCAUUGAUGAUAUGCCAAGGAAAACUGGUAAACGCAAGCGAUCUGGGAAUUUACUGAGCAUGCUUAGUGGUUUAGAAUCUUCACGUGAUAACUCCGCUUCUUCGCGCAUGCGAGGUAGCUCAGACUCAUCGCGUUCAGUCAGCAGUAACUCGGGCACUCAGCGUCGAGUCCCACAAGCAUCAACGCAAAGAGGACAUACUAUAAGUACUGGAGGUAACAAACACAGGUUAAGACAAUCUCGACUCAAUGUUGUCAGCGGCCGUUCAUCUCCAAGUAAAUUUUGGGACGACGCACCAUCUGAGCCUACAUCAUUGUCCAGCAGUGUCACUACUACACCAAUGAGGCUACGAGUGAGGGUGAAGGACAAAAUGUUCUUGAUCCCAUGUCCCGACGUCCCUGGGGAGAAGAAGACUGUCAAGUGGUUGGCUGAACAGGUUUGGCGGGUUUUAGUUUCCGUCAUUUUGUUGGCAAUAUUCGCUCGAGCUAUAAGAACGACCAACCAACGCUCAUAUCACCUUUUUUUUACAUUUCAGGCAACAUUUCGUUAUCAUUCAGCUAGUGGUUUAAAACCCAUAUUAUCCCUAUCUACCACUGAAGGAGCCGCUCUAUCCCCUGCUGAUCUCAUUACAGACGUACUCUCCAACAACGAGCUAGUGAACGCAACCGUGGAGACCUGGGACUUACCUCCGCUAGCUGAACGUUAUAAAGUAUCAUGUCUCAUGGCUGACACAGGUGUGCCAAGAAUCCUACUUUUGUGUUUAAUACUUGUAUAAGGAAGAGAAUUAAACUACCUUACUUGCCUCCAAAUACAAGAUUACUACAUAUAAUGUAAAGAAUUACCAUUAUUUUCUCACUGUGAUAACUGCAGAUUGACCACCAUCAACUGCUUAGCGACCAACGUAUUUUAUUUUAUUCAAAUUAAAUUUCUACUUUAUUUCAGAGGUGCAGAAGAAGAUCCUGGAUGUCUUCGAGAGAAAUCCUCAUAUUUCAAAUGUUGAGUUUAGCGACAUGGCGUUGACGUCUGUGGCAUUGCUUUCGUUGUUUCGUACUCUGCAAUGUCACGAUCAUCUUGUGAGAUUGGCUUUGCCCGGAAACAGAAUUGGUGAGAAAAAUAAACUAAUUUUAUUUAUACUGAAUAGCUCUAUCAGUUCUAAACUGUCCCUCCUAGAGGUCCAGUAAGGAUCAUCUCUUAUUGAUCCAGUGUUACUACAGGAGGAAAUCUAAACUAACUUUAUUUAUACUGAAUAGCUCUAUCAGUUCUAAACUGUCCCUCCUAGAGGUCCAGUAAGGAUCAUCUCUUAUUGCUCCAGUGUUACUACAGGAGGAAACCUAAACUAAACUCACUUUAUUUAUACCAGUUAGGCUCAGUUUUAAACUGUUCUUCCUAGAGGUCCUUUGAUAGAGUCAAAGUGGAAGCACUCUUCUUCCAAAGGCGAACUUAUAAUCAGUUACGAGACUUUGUCAGUAGAGUUUGUCGUCUAAAGCUUUGUUUUUCUGUUAUGUUAUAGGAGACAGUGGUCUUCAACAUUUCAUCUCAUCUUUGCCUUGUCUUUUCAAUCUCUCCGUCCUGAUCUUCAGUUGUAAUGGAAUCACACACAAAGGAUUGCGACAUCUCGCUUCGAGUUUGACUCAAGAUGAUAAGGUCUGUUGAAGAGUUUGGUUGUGUGAAAGACGAUAGUAAUACAUGGGAAUCAAUUGGUCGAUCUCUCAAUACCUCCCAGUGCAAGACUACAUAUAAUGCAAGGAAUCGACAUGAUUUUCUCACUCGUGAUCUGCUGAACAGCGAACCCGCUUAUCAAUGCUUAAUUAGUAACUGAGUGAGCCUCCUAAGCUUUUGUUUUUUUGUUUUUCAGGUUUCUAAAGCGUGGUCAAAUCUAAAAGAGCUGGAUAUUUCGUUCAAUACAAUCACAGAUAUAGCAGGCUCUAGCCUGGCUACCAUGCUUCGUUCGUGUCCAGACCUCCAAACGUUGAACAUUGAAUCUUGUGCUCUGGGUCAAGAUACUUUUCAUCAACGAAGUGUUUUGAUUGAGGCAAUCCAAGGUAGUUACAUCUCGGUUGAAACUUGCGUCUGAAUUUCCAAUUCUAAAUUUGAUUUAUACUUUGGGAAGAUUCGUUUGAAACUUGCAAACUUUUACCAUACCACACCGGCCAUACCACCCCACCCCAAACUGCACUGUAUCACACCAUACAACAGCAUACCAUAUACCACACCGUUCCAAACUAUACUACACCAUGCCAUAUAAAAUCAAACCAUACCAUGCAACACUAUACCAACAUCUCUCAUGAAAACCUGCUCAUUUUUUGUCACUAAUUUCUCAUUUUUUAGGUCUAAAACGACUGCAUCAUUUGAAUGUCUCUCAUAAUCAAAUUCAAGCUGAAGGCUUAACUUCUCUUUUGGGUGCUUGCAGUUGUGUUGAGAUUGUCAAUAUAUCUUCAACCGUCGACAGUCAUGACCCAGCGUUUGCACUCGCCUUGGCGGAUUAUUUGAAUGUGGUACGAUUUUAUAAGUUGUUGUUUUUAAACUGCUGUUUAUUUAACGUAUACUCAAUAUUGUUUAUCACUGCCAACACUGAAACACACUCAAGGACUUCACUAUCCUUGGUCUGCUGUGGACCUUGUCAUUUAUAUCACACUUGCCCUAAUGGCCUCGUUUUAAUGUGCCAUGCUACAACGGGCGAGGCCAUCGAAGCAAGAGUAAAGUAAGGUUUAUCCGUUGUAAACUUAAUAAAAAGUUUCUUAGUUUUCCCGCUUUACUGAAUUACCAGGGGUCGGUUGUAUAAAACUCUUAAUCACUUUUUUAAUCACUAUUUUGUAGUUAAAUAAUGAUUAACUUUCAAAUACGCGCUUCUUAUUGGAUGACGUUUCCACUAACUAAAGUUAACUUUAAUUACUUUUUUAUACAACCACACCCAGAAAGUAAUUACUUGUGUUUAUUGCCGCAGGAUAACUGUUGUGUCCAGAAACUGAUCUGUCGCGGCUGUUUCUUGGAAGAUACAGAUAUAUCAAUAUUGGCAAGAGUUAUGAAAGUUCUUACUUGUGAUUGUAAACUGGAUCUUGGUCAGAAUAAUAUCACCAAUGAAGGGGUCUUGAAGCUUAUAGAGUAAGACAUAUAGUUUCAUUAUGAAUUGGUCAGUGGUGGGUGUCAGUAAGAAUUACAAGCAAACUCACAUCAAGUCUCAUCCUCGUUUUUUAUAACAAUGCUAGUUCAGCAGUACAUGUGUAUAACAUUAUCGACUUUCUUCCCAGGUCUCUGGAGUGCAACCCUCACCUGAAACAUCUCACCCUAUCUGGCAAUGUCAAAGUAACCAAUGAAGUUUUACUCAAGUUCCUCACUCUACCAUCAAACCUGCAGUUUCUCGAUUUAUCGUGCUGUGGUAUUUCUUCUCCACUACCAGAACAUUUCGUGAACCACCAAACUGGUUUCUCAAGACAUUUGAAAUAUCUUAAUUUAUCGUAUAAUUCGUUGAAUCAGCAGGAUAUCGAAACACUACUUUGUUUGUGGAGCUCGACAUGGCGGGAAAAAACUAGUGUGUGUAUCACCAACUCAAUUGCAAUAUUUUGUGCAAAGGACUAGAAUUUAAAACUGUUGCUAUAUUCAAAGAAAUUUAUAUAUUUGUACUAUGUUAUGUUUAGAUAAAUAUUUUAGCACACAGUGCUUGAUUAUAUUUAUAAUCUUGCAACUAUAAACUCGUUCGUUGGUGACCAAUUCACUAGUCACAGUUCUAAAUCCAGGUGCAAAUUUUCCACUGAUUAGUGAAAUUUUAUUACUCGGACUACUCGUGUUUUUUAGGUACUUUUACAACACGAGCGGCCGUGUUGUAUAAGAUUGUGCCACAUUGCCAAGAAAAUUUCGUAUUUCAAAUAUCACAGGACGAAAUUAUAUUUUUUUUCAC